AUGGCUGAAAUAAGAGUAUUAUUUCUUCUCGUCCAGGAUGGAAAACACAGUGAAGAAUUCACAGAUGAAUCUGAGGAGGAGGACAGCCAGGAGGAGCCCAAGCUGAAGUACGAGAGGCUCUCCAACGGGGUCACCGAAAUCCUGCAGAAGGAUGCAGCCAGCUGUAUGACCGUCCAUGACAAGUUUCUUGCACUAGGUACUCAUUUUGGAAAGGUCUUCCUGCUGGACAUCCAAGGAAAUGUGACUCAGAAGUUUGAGAUUAGUUCAGUGAAGAUCAACCAGAUCAGUCUGGACGAGAGUGGCGAGCACGUGGGCAUCUGCUCCGAGGACGGCAAGGUCCAGGUCUUCGGCCUCUACACAAGAGAGGGUUUCCACGAGAACUUCGACUAUCCCAUCAAAGUGGUAGCGUUACACCCUCAGUUCACCAGGUCAAACUACAAGCAGUUUGUUACCGGGGGCAAUAAGCUCCUUCUCUAUGAAAAAAACUGGCCGAACCGCUGGAAAAUGUCAGUCCUUCACGAAGGCGAGGGAUCCAUCACCAACAUCAAGUGGAGAGCCAAUCUCAUCGCCUGGUCCAACAACCUGUGUGUGAAAAUCUACGACUUCAGCACCAAACAACGCAUCACCAGCGUGCUGAGAGACAACGUGAGUCUGAGGCCGGACAUGUACCCCUGCAGCCUGUGCUGGAAGGACAACACCACGCUGAUCGUGGGCUGGGGCACCUCCAUUAAGAUUUGUACCGUGAAGGAAAGAAACCCCACAGAAAUGAGAGACCUGCCCAGUCGCUACGUGGAAAUAGAGUCUAACUUCCAGACGGAGUUCUUCAUCAGCGGCCUGGCACCGCUGGCAGAUCAGCUGGUCACUCUGUUCUUUGUCAAGGAGAACUCUGAUCACAUGGAUGAGGAGUUCCGCGCCCGCCCUCGCCUGGACAUCAUCCAGCCUCUCCCCGAGGGCUCUGAGGAAAUCUCCUCCGACGCUCUGACCGUGCGCAACUUUCAGGACAACGAGUGCCGAGACUAUCGGCUGGAGCAUUCCGAGGGAGAGUCACUCUUCUACAUCAUCAGUCCCAAAGACAUCGUGGUGGCCAAGGAGCGCAGCCAGGACGACCAUAUCGAUUGGCUGCUGGAGAAGAAGAAAUAUGAGGAGGCGCUGAUGGCUGCGGAGAUCAGCUUCAAAAACAUAAAGAGACACGACGUUCAGAAAAUCGGCAUGUCCUACAUCAAUCACCUGGUGGAGAACGGAGAGUACGACAGCGCCGCCAGGAAGUGUCAGAAGGUGCUGGGGAAGAACAUGGAACUCUGGGAAAAUGAGGUCUACAGGUUCAAAACCAUCGGACAGUUGAAGGCCAUCAGUCAGUAUUUACCCAGAGGAGAUCUGCGUCUGAGACCGGCCAUCUACGAGAUGAUCCUGCACGAGUUCCUGGGAACUGAUUACGAGGGUUUUGCCACGCUGAUCCGAGAAUGGCCCGGAGAACUGUACAACAACAUGGCCAUCGUCCAGGCUGUGACGGAUCACCUGAAGAGAGACCCCAACAACAGCAUCCUGCUCACCACACUGGCUGAGCUGUACACGUAUGACCAGCGUUACGACCGAGCCUUGGAGAUCUACCUGAGGCUUCGGCACAAGGACGUUUACCAGCUGAUCCACAAACACAACCUGUUCUCCUCCAUCGAAGACAAGAUUGUCCUUCUCAUGGAUUUUGACAAAGAGAAAGCCGUUGACAUGCUCCUUGACAAUGAAGACAAGAUAUCAAUAGACAGAGUGGUUGAGGAGCUAGCCCACCGGCCGGAGCUCCUACAUGUGUAUCUUCACAAGUUAUUCAAGAGGGACCACCACAGAGGACAGAAGUACCACGAGCGGCAGAUCGGACUGUACGCCGAGUACGACCGACCCAAUCUCCUACCGUUCCUCAGAGACAGCACGCACUGUCCACUGGAAAAGGCUCUAGAGAUCUGUCAGGAGAGGAACUUUGUUGAGGAGACCGUCUUCCUGCUCAGCAGGAUGGGGAACUGCAGACGGGCCCUGCAGAUGAUCAUGGAGGAACUGGAGGACGUGGACAAAGCCAUAGAGUUUGCUAAAGAGCAGGACGAUGCAGAGCUGUGGGAGGAUCUCAUCUCCUACUCCAUCGACAAACCACCCUUCAUCACUGGUCUCCUCAAUAACAUCGGCACUCACGUCGACCCCAUUCUGCUCAUCCAUCGCAUCAAGGAGGGCAUGGAGAUUCCAAACCUGAGAAAUUCACUGGUGAAAAUCCUCCAAGACUACAACCUACAGAUCAUGCUGAGAGAAGGAUGUAAGAAGAUCCUGGUGGCCGACUCUCUGUCCCUGCUGCAGAAGAUGCACCGAACACAGAUGAGAGGAGUCAGGGUGGACGAGGAGAACAUUUGUGAAUCCUGCCAUGCUACAAUUCUGCCCUCAGACAUGGCCAAAGCCUUCAGUGUGGUGAUGUUCCAGUGCAGACACAUGUUUCACAAAGAAUGUUUACCAUCCUCAGGGGCAAUUCCUGGAGUCCAGUUUUGUAACAUCUGCAGUGCGAAGAGACGGGGACCAGGAAGUGGAAUACUUGAGAUGAAAAAGUAAUGAGGAUUUAUGCACUUGGAAUGCUGUUACCGGCAUUUGAAUCAUGUCCCUCUGUCGUUUUGUUCCAGCUACGUUUUGUGUAUCGAUCAAUAAAUAUCACUUUUCCUCAGUCACUGGAUGUUACUCUUACAAAAAACACAAAGCGUUCAGAUCAGAUUUUCUCUGUAUAUUUAAGCCUGACAACUGUUAAAAGCACUGAACUAGUUCUACUUGCAAAUAAUGUAAUUCGGUGAAGAAUAGAUUGUGAAUAUCAAAGAAAUAAAAACAUAUAAAAACGG